AUGGAACCACAAAUACAAAGGCGAAGCAAAAGAAGAGGACGUUUCCGGAGAGCAACAGUCAAUUUUGAGAUUCAAUCAAGACCAUGGGCGCAUCAUUAUAGGAAAGAGAAGCAUAGUGCAGAUAAGCUUGACAGGACAAGAGUGGAGGAGAGAAAAACAAAAGAUCUGCUUAUGGAAUACUAUUGCAAGAGCUUGUAUUCACCUGAGAGAGGAUGGUUCUUUAGGAUAAGAGAGAAUGAAGAGGAGAGAUCAAAAGUUAAACUCAGCAGUUCAAAGAGGAACGAGAGGGAGCUAUUCAUGACCAAUGAAUGCAUGAAUGUACAGCUUAAGGACGUAAAAGGAACGGCUAGUCUUGAGAUUCGAUCAAGGCCAUGGGGACAUCAGUUUCGGAAAGAGAACACUGCUACAGAUAAGCUUCACCGGGCAAGAGCAGAAGAUAGAAAAGCCAAAGGUCUGCCCACAGAAUACUACUGCAAGAGUUUGUAUUCACCAGAGCGAGGAGGCUUCUUUAGUCUUCCACGAGGUGAUAUUGGUCGUGGUUCUGGUUCUUGCAGUUCAUGCAAGAUAAGGGAAGAUGAAGAGGAAAUUUUAAAGACUAAACUCAACGGUGCAAAGACAGGUUUUAUCUCCAGUGGGGUUAAGUAUUCUGUUGAUGAUCAUGUAUAUGUCAAUCCUGAGUACAUAACUUCUGAUGGAUCCAAAAAGGGUAGUGAAAAAUUCAAGUCUGGCCGGAACAUAGGGUUAAAAGCUUUUGUUGUUUGCCAUUUUCUGGAAAUCAUUGUCCUCGAUGAGUCAACAAAGAGUUCUUUUGAGGUAAGAGUGAGAAGGUUUUAUAGGCCUGAGGAUAUUUCUGACGAGAAGGCUUAUGCUUCACAUAUCCAAGAGUUGUACUACAGCGAGGAAAUAGUUGUUGUUCCUCCACAGGCUCUAGAGAAAAGAAGAAACAAGAUAUUCUCUUACACUGCCAAUAUCCAAUAUUAG